AUGUAUGGCUCUAAGCCGCCCCAUAUUCCGCCCUUCUAUUCUCCCAUCUCUUUGGUCUCACCGCAACCCGAGUGGCAGCAGCCUCCACCCCAGCAGGCGCAUGGUCCACAAUGGCCUUCGGACCAUGUUCCUCCUCUUCCCCCUCUCCCUCCCCCGCCGUUUCCGGCAGUGUCGCAACCAGGCGCAUCUUCGUAUCAUCCGGGAACAUAUGGCCCCAUGCCAGGAGCCUCGCCAUCGCUUGAUCAAGGUGCCCACACAGGAUUCCCUCCAAUGGGAGAUAUAUCAGCCUGGGGUGUACGCUUUAACCAACGCCAGAGCUGCCAGCACCCUCAGUCAAACCUUCAUGGAGGGCAAUGCGCCGCUCCUCCACUGCCGCCUCGCCCAUCAAGUGCGAUUGAUCAGCUGCAAUCGCAAUCCCCCGCGCACCCUGCUCCAUGGCUCUCCCCCACAACUCCUCCACCCCAGCCAGGUCAACAGUUUUACUCGCAAAACCAAAUAAUGAGUAUGACCGAUGCUCACCCUUAUUUCCCGCAGCAGCAGCAACAGCCGUGGCAAGUCUUUCAGGAUCCCAACUUCCCAAGCAACCCACAAAAUCCCCCUCCCCCGCCCCCUAUACCUGCAGCAUACCAAAUAGAACAACAGCAAAAUCCUCAAGGCUGGGUGUCCCAACCAACUUACUCCGAUCAACCGUCCACACACCAUUAUGACCCUCCGCAACAGCAACUCCAGAAUCCGACAGUGACGGGCCCUCCUGUGUUGGCUCAAUAUGGUAUUACAGGGGACGGAAUGCACGGCCGGCCUCAGAGUCCUCCACCAGCAAAUUCACCUCCUACUUCAUUUUCAGUUAUCCCCCAAUCGCCCCCUGUUGCACCAACGGCCUCAGCACUAGGAAUUGGUGGCCCAUCUGAUUGGGAACACUUUUCCGGCCCACAAGAAGAGAUUGACGACACCGAAGUCUUUAAUUUCAAGACUGAAACGCCUCCCAAAAGUGCCAAUACUUUUGAGCUUCCUUCAGAUAGCCCCCCGCGGACCCAUAGUGAACAGAGUAAGCCAACUCACAACGAACUCACAGUUAGCCCACAAAGCUACGCCGUAAUAGAGCCCAUCCGAAGCCCAUCUCCCAGUCCAACAAUUAGUCCCAAUAAUUCGGUGAGGGGAGAGCCCAAUAAUAAAUCUGUUCUAUCCGAUCGAGCUGAUAGUAUUGCCUCUUCUACAAUUUCGGCUGAUGGCUUUACGAUCAUUGAUGGGGUUAUCCAAGCAUGGUCUAACACAGUGCCGUCCGAAAUACCAUCGCUUAAUGCUACGCAAGCCAAAGAGAGCCCGCUGAAUUUAUCGUCACCUAUCCCGAAACCCCCUCCCAUCCCCUCCCUCCCCGCUCCCCGAAUUCAGACUCCAGAGAAUGAGGGCACUCAUUCCACCACCCCAAAACCAGAGCAGUUAACGUCUAAAGCUGAAAUAAAGGUUGUUGAUCCAAAUUCGGAUCUUGACCCUUGGUAUAAAUCUUCUUUAGGCCGAUAUGUUACCAUGCUCCGAAAGGAAAUGGCCGCGGAAUCGGACGAAGAAAGGUUCAAAAUUUUUACCUAUUUUCUCAACAAGGAAACUAAAUUGCGUGAGAUUCUUUACGGUGUAGAAGAUACGACAAGCACGAUUACUGUCAAGCCCAUGACGAGCCUCUCGAUCAGAAGGCAAUCGUUAGCCAUGUCUGGGCUAAACACUACUAGGCUAAACGUCCCACCGGAGGAAAGAGAUGACGUUCUGGCCUACAGUCCAGGAGGGAGGCCCAUUCUUGCCUCCGCUCUGUCUACGCACAACCAGCGGGAGAGGGUCUCUACUGGAGACGGCCUCCAUAGAUCAGCAUCUCACCCAACUCCACCCUUACAAACUCGCAUUCGGCAAAGUAGCCUGGGCUCACAAGAAAAUUUCAGCUCUGUUUCUUCCCGGAACCACAUGUCAGGUCUUCCGCGAUCAGUAUCUGUUCCUCCUGGAGCAGGCCAAGCAGCUGCUCAGAAUCAAAAUGUGACCCCACUUGUAAUCCAACCUACAACGCCGGUCUACACCCCUUUCCGAUACAAAGAAGGGCCGCAAAGGGGUUCAGGGCCGUUGUCGUUUGACCGACCUGCAUACCAGGCUUAUUCUGCUUUGCGGCAGGCAUCUGUUGCUGUUGGCCGAACACUUGCUCAUGCGGCUGCUGCCUCUUCUCUCGGGGCAGAUUCCGGGAAAUCGCCAUCGGUGGGAAAGGCUGAGCAUGGGGAGACAUUCAUUGGACUGAUUAGAGAGAAAAGUGUAGCAUAUCGUGGCCAACAUAGGGUUACCGACUCUCUUACAAAAGCCUCUUUGUCAGAUACUUCAUUGGGGGACAACAAGAGCACAAUAUUUGAUUCUCUACAAGCCUUAGUUCCUCGAUCAUUUCCUAAUCCAGCCGAAAAUCCACAUGUCAUUGAACUCCGCAAAGAAUUAGAAUCUGUUCAGGACGAUUUCGCUUUCAUCCAAGAGUCUAUAGAUGAAUGGGAUGAGCAGGCACGCAUUAAACGCCCUGAACUUGAUAAUCAGCGUCUAGCUAGACAAGAGGAAUCAGAGCACCAUAUCGAUAGUCUAUUCAAUGACAAGGAAAUCGGAUAUUCUGACAUUAACGUGUUGGAAGAUGAGUUUAGGCAAACAGAAGCGCAACGACAGCUCACUGAGGAAAGAAAGGAGUUCGAAACUUUUGUCAAUGGUAUUUUCAAUCCCAUAGACCGCCAGUUGAAAGACGAUAUUUGCAAGCUCCAAGCUCAAUAUGAUCGUGCUAUUAACCUGCUGAAUGCGAAAACUCCAGCGACUGACCUCUUACCUGUUUCGCCUAAAGUAACGAAAUAUGAGCUUUCACACAUCAUGAGGAUUGCUGUGGAGUUAUUCCAAAAAUUGGAGGUUCGAUACGAUAAACAAGCGGUAGCGUCUUUGGAACGAGAGCGACGCCGGAAGAAAGCCGAACGCAGAUAUUAUGUUUUCCUUGGAGAGACGUCAUUGCUCAAACAGCUCGAUAAAGAUUUUGAUACGAUGGAGAAAACAAGUAUUCUCAACGCCGCCAGAGAAAAAGACAAUCGUGCAAAUACACUAAUGGACUCGUUCGACGAUGCCAGCAUGCGUGGGCUUGGAGAAAACCAAAGCCUUGUGGACGAUAUUGCUGGAAAUGUGAAAAGGCUUGACGCACGAUACCUCAAUAACCUUGGGAACAUACCCCCAGAAACAAGACAGACAAUGAACUUGGCCUUGGACUUUGUCAAAUAUCUCAGCACAGACUCUCAAUCUAUCCUUCAGAGUUUUGGUAUAGCCGACCUGGCUCUUAACAACGCAGACUAUGACGUUUCCGUCUCGGAAGCCCGCGUCGCUAAUGCAGAGCCAGAUAUCUUCCAUGGCCUCGAAGAGGAGAAAAAGAAAGAAGACGUUAAAAUCCACGACGACCUUCACACGCGACUUGACAGCGUGAAAAUGGGCCACGAAGCGAUAAUGGCUAACAUCCGUGGGGCCCUGAGUUGCAUGAGGAGAGUAGGAUUUGGACAGCCUUCGUCAAAUUCGAAUGGGGAUGUUUGGGCGGAGCCACAGCCCCCACCUGCAGUGCCUAUUUUUGAAGUACCCCCACCAGUCCCGUUGAAAACACCGGCAGUUGUUAACCCUCUGGUAGUUGAAGAUGAGCAGCAGCAACGGUACCGGAAAGCUCUGGAGGAUGCCAAAAUAAGAAAUGCCGCGAAAGGAUUCGCGUGA